CAAUCUUUCUCAAAUUCCAUUGAUAAUCGAAAUUAAAGAAAUAACAUCGUGUUUUAGGUUGUUAAAACUACCGUAGCUUAUUGUAACAUAAUGCGGACGAUAAUGUGAUAACCUUAUCGCCACGAUCGGCCGCGAGUAUAAUACUUUUUAGCGAGAUAUGAAAGAAUUAAGAUCAUGAAACUCGCGGCACUUUUAACGCGUUUGAAGUACUUUGCAGUUUAAUAUUUAUCAUGUUAUCAAAUAAGAUUAAUUAGAAAAAAAAAGACGAUCCAAUAAGAUUAAUUAGAACAAAGCGAUCGUUACGAUGCACGAUGUAAUUUUCUAAGAUACUCAUAUUAUCGUAAUAACAUAUGAUAGCCAGGAAUCUAUCAUGGAUCUUAAAUCGUUCGAAGUUACUCGACACUUUCUUAUCGACUAUCUAAGUAAGCGAAAUGUAAAAAAGGAUAUUCAAUUCGUUUCUUAACGUUACAUUGAAGAUACAUACGUAUUAUUUUCCCUUUGUGUACUCGCUCUUAACAUAUUUUAUCGUAUUUCGAUUUGAUUUUAUAUUUUCCAAGUGUUCGUGAUCGUUUACGUGGAACUACGGAUUCGUAGCUUGGAAAGUUAGCGUAAUAAAUGUGAAGUCGAAGUUGAAAAAGAGUGAAAACUUAUAUUUAUCUAACCCUACGUAGAUACGAUACGUUAAAGAUUCAGACACGCAAGCGCAAUUUCCAAGUUUGCUCGACGGAUCGGCCAUACUGGUCGAACGUUGGAGAUCGGUGCGAGAUCUCAACCUAGAGUUCUCGAAUGGGUCGUACGACGUGAUAGAAGGAUGUGCUCGAAGGAGACUUACGAGAAUGAUUUGCGUUAUGCGAUCGAGCCUAAUCGUUACGUACUUCUUUCUCUCGGAAUCCGAAUAACGUAUCAGCAAGUAGACAAGCGAGAAUCGUUCUUACUAAAAAGUUCGCGAUUACUUUUGAUCCUUCUCAAUUUCGUCAUUAUACUUUACGUUGUGAUACCUGGUUUUCUACAUAUCUUUUUAAAAGAGACGAGUACAUAUGGAAAGGUUCGAGUGAUCCAACCCAUCCUGUAUUCCUCUAUGACCUUAGCGAAAUAUACUGUGCUACUCUUCUGUAUCGAGCGAACGAAUAUUUGCUUAAAGUAUGUGAUAGAGGACUGGAAAAACGCAGUGGACACUUAUAUCCGAGAUACGAUGAAAAAGAAGGCGUUAAUUGGAAGACGUUUUUUCAUUAUAUGUGGUUCGCUCAUGUACGGAAGUGGCAUACUCUUUAGAGGUAUCAUACCUUUAACCAGGGGAAAGAUUACGAUCAAUGAGAAUCUUACCAUCAGACCUUUACCUUGUCCUUGCUAUUUCAUCUUCUUCGAUCCACAACUUAGUCCAGCUUACGAGAUCGUCUAUUUUCUUCAAUGUCUCUCCGGUAUGGUCACAUAUUCGAUCACAACCGCUGUAUGUGGACUCGCAGCUUUCUUAAUUCUACAUAUUUGCGGACAACUCGAGAUCUUGGUGAUGUUGAUGGAGAGGAUGGUUGAAAAAACGAAUCUUCCGAGUGAGAAGGUGAACGCCAAAAUUGCUCUCGCCGUUGAACAUCAGAUAAGAGUUCGGGGCUUUUUACGAGCGGUGGAACAUACGCUGCAACAAAUUUGCUUGAUCGAAAUAAUGGGAUGUACCCUGAUGGUAUGCCUAUUGGCCUAUAACAUAAUGACGGAAUGGACGAAUCAUAAUCUUGCUAUUGUUUUCAUGUACAGCAUAGCAUUAUCCUCUAUUAUAUGUAACAUAUUCAUACUGUGUUACAUUGGCGAACAACUGACGUUACAGGCGGAAAAAGUGGCGAGAACAUCGUGCACUCUCGAUUGGUAUAAUCUUCCGUCGAAGGAACUAUCGGGUCUCGUUUUGGUAAUCGCAAUAUCUAAUCGUCCAAUGAAGAUCACCGCUGGAAACAUAGUCGAACUUUCCCUUCAAACUUUCGGUAACGUCAUCAAAACAGCCGCGACUUAUUGCAAUAUGUUACGAGCCGUUACAUCGUGAAUUUCGCUCGUGCAUUAAAUCGUAGAGAAAAAUAACAAAAGAAAAGAAAUUAUGUAAGUGCUAAAGAAUAAAGUAAAAAAAGAAACCAAAAAAUGUAGUACUUAUAUCGUUUCAAUAACGUCCAUGGUAACUGAUCAUGGUAAUCGAUCCCAUGUUCCAUCUGGUCUACGUAGAAUCAACGUUCACUUUUGGCAGUUACACUUUUGAAAAAAAAUAUAAAUGGAAAAUAUUUUCCUCCGAUCGUUCGUAUACAAUAAAAAGUACAGAUUGAGUUAAAGUUUCGAAAAGAGCAAUCGUUCCACUGCAUGAUUUAUGAGCGCAAGCGCAUUAUAUUGCUCGUCUAGGAAAACUUCGUCUGGCAGAUCGUCGUACGUUUUUAUUCAAUCGUAGAUAUUAUAUAUCUUUUUCAGUACAGUAAGAUACGGAUCGCGAUCGAGAAAUCGUCGAUCUAUCAUUAGCAAUAGAUUUCACGA